AUGGCUGAUUGCGCUACUGGACUCUCGCUCUUCUCCACUCGCCCCGUCUCGCCCGCCUCGAGCCUCCGCGAGAGAGGCGGACUAUGGAAAUCAAAGAGCGACGGCACGAGAGGCGGCGCGGCUCCUGCGCGCGGCCCGCAACCGCCCCCUCCCGUCGCCCAGGGUGACCGAGGGCCCUCCUCGCCCCGCGGCCGCCGCCAAGGGCCGCCUCCUCCGGUUGCCAGGCAACGGCGCUUCCGGGUCAGCGCCCGGCCCGGCUUCCGGUCGCAGCGGCAGCAGCGGGAGGCGGCGGCGGCGGCUGGCCCGGCCCGGCCCGGCGGGAAGAUGGCGGCGGCUGCGGCUGCGGCGGCCCCGGCAGGGGCGGCGGGCGCGGCGCUGGCUCCCCCGGCCCCCUCCCCGGCGCCGGGCCCCGAGGCCGGCCCGUCCCCCCCGCCGGCGGCCCACGAGAUCAAGAGCCAGUUCCGCACCCGCGAGGGCGCCUACCGCCUGCUGGGCGCGCCCGAGCCCCGCGCCAGGCCCCCCUCGGCCGCCGCCGCGCCCCCCUCGGCCGCCGCCGCGCCCGCCGCCCCGCUCCCGCCCCCCGGCGCGCCCCCGGCCGCCGCACCCGCGCCCCCGGCCCUGCCGCCCGUCCGCCUCUCGCUCGUCCGCCUCGGCCCGCCCGCCCCGGACCCCGCCGGCCCCGAGGCCGAGCCCGGCCCCGCCGCCCUGGCCGCCGAGCGCAGCCGCGUCUGCUUCAACCUCGGCCGGGAGCUCUACUUCUACUCCGGCGCCGGCGGAGCCCCGGGCCGGGGCAGGAGGUCCAUAGACUUGAAGAAACCCAUUGAUAAGCGGAUCUAUAAGGGGACACAGCCUACCUGCCAUGACUUCAACCAGUUUACUGCUGCUUCAGAAAGCAUCUCCUUGCUGGUUGGCUUCUCAGCGGGGCAGGUGCAGUACCUGGAUCUUAUCAAGAAAGAUACCAGCAAGCUCUUCAACGAGGAGAGGCUGAUCGAUAAGACCAAGGUGACCUUCGUGAAAUGGAUCCCAGAGACAGAGUCUCUCUUCCUGGCCUCCCAUGCCAGUGGCCACCUAUACCUGUACAAUGUGGAGCACCCCUGUGGCUCGGCUUCGCCCCAGUACACCCUCCUGAAGCAAGGGGAGGGCUUCACGGUGUACGCCUGCAAGAGCAAAAGUGCCCGCAACCCGUUGCUGAAGUGGGCCGUGGGCGAAGGAGCCUUGAAUGAGUUUGCCUUCUCCCCUGAUGGCCGCUACCUGGCUUGCGUCAGCCAAGAUGGCUGCUUGCGUGUCUUCCAUUUUGACUCCAUGCUCCUGCAGGGAAUGAUGAAGAGCUACUUUGGAGGCCUGCUGUGUGUCUGCUGGAGCCCUGACGGGCGCUACAUCGUGACGGGCGGAGAGGACGACCUGGUGACUGUCUGGUCCUUUGCUGAGGGCCGUGUCAUCGCCAGAGGCCACGGCCACAAGUCGUGGGUCAAUGCCGUGGCUUUCGACCCCUUCACCACUAGCAUGGAGGAGGACGAGACCAGCGAGUUCAGCGGGAGCGACGAAGACGUCCAAGACUCUAUGAAUUUCGGGAGGGUGCGGACCAGCAGUACCCUGUCCCAUCUUUCCAAGCACAGCACCAAAAGCACCCCUUCCGUGACCUAUCGUUUUGGAUCUGCUGGCCAGGACACCCAGUUCUGCCUGUGGGACCUGACAGAAGAUGUCCUGUACCCUCACCACCCGCUUUCCCGAGCCCGAACACUCACAAACACGUUCAGUGCUGGCAUCCCCCCUUCAGGGAGCGGUGGGAGCAACCUGGCUGCUGAAUCCGGAGGGGGCGCCCUGCCUCGCUCGUUGUCUCGCUCCAACAGCCUGCCCCACCCGGCUGUCACCAGUGCUGCCAAGAGCCACGUGGCAGAUGGCGCGGUGCCCUUCAGCAUCGGCAAGUUUGCCACCCUCACUCUGCAGGAGCGGAAGGACAAGAAUGCCGAGAGAGAGCACAAGCGCUACCACAGCCUGGGAAACAUCAGCAAGAGCAACGACAAACUCAACGUGGUGCCCAAAAGCAAGCUGGACACCGCCAAAGUCCUGGGCACUGCCCUGUGCCCCCGUAUCAAUGAAGUCCCCCUCCUGGAGCCCCUGGUCUGCAAAAAGAUUGCCCAUGAGAGGCUGACAGUGUUGCUCUUCCUGGAGGACUGUAUCAUUACUGCCUGCCAGGAGGGGCUCAUCUGCACAUGGGCUAGGCCAGGGAAAGCGACCGUGAACUCCCAAAACGGCGGCUCACCAAGUGGCACAGUGGUAUAACCAGGCAUUACCGCUCAGCUGGCCAGUCUCCUCACAGGCGUCUCUGGUUCCUUGCUCAGCUGAGCCCGUUCUGCCAAGACAGCAAAGCUCUCCUGCUCUUCAUAUCUGCUGUAUGUACAGGUUGUCUCCUCCCCCUCGCCUACGACACUAACUGUAUGGAAAGAGAGACGCUAACAGAGUUAAUAUAUUGAGAUCUAUGUAGCACAGGACCCGUUGCACUUCUCUGCUAGUUAAAAAAAGUAUUAAUUAAUGAACCAUAUUUAAGGCAAAGAUCCUAGCACAGGCCGCUGGAGGGGGCAGAUUUUGCACAAGGGUGAACUGAGCUUGCGCCCCUUUUCCUACUCCCCACCCUCAUACAGACAACAGGGAUUCUUGACUGCCUUUCAGUUGCGCUGCCCUGGACUUGACAGAGUUUUGUUGUGAUCCUCAUCUGCACCUUCGACGCAAGAAAAUUCCCUUUUAUUGCACAGGGCAAACUUCUAUUUACCCUCCCUACCCCAUUUUUUUAAAAAAAUAGUUUUGUGAUUUUUUCUUUGUAUUUUGCACAAAAUGUCCAUCUCUUCUGCUGACAUGAGGGAACAGAAACAUGCCUGUCUAGCUGGCAACCUCUGUGGUCUCCUGCCACAGGAUCUAGCCCUGUGCACUCUUCAAGAGCAACUUGCUGAUCCCCAAAGAGUUGCUAUUCAGCGUUCAAGAUACAGCAAACUACUGCCCGGGAGUUCCCGUUCUCCCAUUUGCCAGUGUUGUUUCUCAGUACUGGGAUCAGGGCUUAAACAUGUGCUUGUCCGUAUUCUCUGUUCUCUGCAUCCUCAGCAUCAUUCCCCAGUGCUUCUAUAUGAUCCUCCCAGACUAAAUGGGACUUCCUUUGAACUGGCUGGUCCUUGAACUGGAAGACAGCUUGCAGGCAACUAAUUCUUAAUUUUCCUAGCUCCUCUUCUCCCUCCUCUCCUUGAAUCUUAUAGUGGAGCCAGCUAGAUGUGCCUCAGCCUGAACGACCCACAUUUCCCUUUCGGUACCCAGAAAUGCGUUGUUAGUAGUUGACUGGCAGAGUUAGACAGGAGUAACAAUAUUGCAUUGCCACUUCUGUCACCCAUAAAUCAGCAUUUCAGCUACUUGACCUGGAAGAGGUGAUUUUAGUGUUUCAUCAUUCCAGUUACUGGAGUGGCUUAGUCUCUCUCCAUUUCUCUCUUUUCUUUGUCAGCAAGGUAGCGUUUGGAUACUAGAGGAUACCACACACUUCAAGCGAGAAUGUCUGACGAUAUGGAAGUAGAACUAUCCACACGACUGGCUAAUUUAGCUAGUCUUAUAAAUGGCAGCUUUGAUGUAUCCACCAUGGAUGUAGUCAGUGGCUGCAGGUAUGAUGUGGUGCAGCAGAGCUGAUCUCCUUUAAAUUCUUAGAAUACCUUUUGGACUCUGCAGUGCACCAGCCAACUUCUAGCAUAUUGGUGACUUGCAGUGGCCAGCAUGUUUAAUUUAUCUGUACUCAACAAUGUUUUCAAGGCAGUGCUUCUUGUUGGGGACAGAGUCUGGCUAGCUUCUUGUUGGAAGAUUAGUCUUUCAGGGACUCACUUCCUGCCUCACAUCAGAAAUACAUUACUGUAAAGAGAAACAGUUACCCCGAGAAGUUAUUCAGAGCAAUCCAAAUCUAGUAAGCGUGUGCAUAUUUAAUCCAGUAUAUAGCAGUUUAAAAUGUCCCUGAGAUGUGGACUCUUUCCAGACCCGCUAUAUUGCAUGUUAAGAAUUAAGUUAACAAUGAACAUUUAACAGCUCUAAAAAUACAUGUAGUUUUACGGCUAAGUAUUUUAUUUACUGGCAUACAUGGAUUAAAUGCACGUACACCUGUGAGAUUUGGAGGGCUUUGUUGAUGUGCAGCGUGGCAUUGGGUAGGCAGCUAGCUUUUUAUUACCUCGUCAGAAUUUAGUGUGUGAGAGAGCUUCACUACUCCUUCCUGUUAAAGCCUCCAUCUAAAAAUGCUAAGGAUAGUGAGAGGCUUUUGACUGCUAAUUAUUGCAAGCUCGUGCCGGGUUUCCAUCUGGUGGUGUGAAGUCAGUUGCAUAAGCUUGAUGGGCAAAAAUUCUUCAAUCAUUUGGGCUGAAGACUGCCAGCAAGAUUUUUGAGAGAAGUGGUGGGCUAGUUUCUGCUUGGCAUAUCGUUACUGGAAAAGGGAUGUCCGUUCUGUGAAUGACAGCACGUUCUUCCAGCACAAGCAGUUUACUACCUGAUGCAAGUGUCAAGGGAGGGGGAAGUGUCAUUCGGAGGAUGGGUUCUGGUGAUCCACCCUGUGUGUGAUGUAAAAGGUAGCAGUUCCAGGUGCACGGUAGGAAAGAGGGCUCCAGUCUUUUUCUCUAGUCUAUGUGCUUGUGCUUCCCUGUCGGAAUUUCAGCUUCUUGCCCUAUAAAUUGGGCUUUUGGCCAAAGGGGAGGGGAGCUGUGAAGCAUGGCUUCUGUGCCAUCUCCUGUUGGGGGCUGACAGGAAGUGUUGAGGCACAGCAGGUGCCCUGUGCAUUUAAGUUGCUGUUGUGUUGUAUCGUGUAUGGCACCAGGUUGAGGCAUUGCUAGAGGUAACCUAAGGAGGGUUUUGCCCAUGGCUAACGUCUGUAAUUCAUGUCCACAACCCUCUGGACUGGAAGCCCUCUCCCAUAAUGAGGAAUGAGCUGGGCGCAUGGUGUUAGGGAAGGUUUGCAUUCCAUGCAUCUUCGGAGGGGUACAUUCAUUACAUGUAACUACAUAUUCAGGGCCGAGUCCUGCCAUCCAUAUACGGUCCACAGAUUCCUGUAUCUAGCUGAGCCCUGAAUUCCAGUUCUCGUUAUGGGGUAAUCAGCCUAGCAAAGACUCCUGAUUGCCAUAGGUCUUAUCUGUGCAUCAUUCUGCUUUUCUGUGCACUCAUCUUGCAAAACCCGGCCCAGCUGCCCGAGAGAACCCUUCCUUUCAGGGCAUAUGGAAACUUCUCAUAGAUCUGGACUUCGCACGAUGGAACUGGCUCCCCUCCCCCAGGAAAAAAAGCCAUACUGGGUCCAGUACCUCUCAACCCAACUUGCAUCAGUUUCAUCCCAGUCUGGUAGGAGCAACUAGGGGAAACGGGGGAGGAACUGGCUUUGCUUCAGAUCUGCUCAGAACCAGUUUUGUGACAGGACUCAAGGACUCUGGAGAACAGUAUUAUUUUUGCUCUUUGCCGUUCCCCUACCCCACCCACAAAUGCAUGUCACCUUUGCACUCUGUCUGGCCCCCUGUAGCCUUUGCCUGCCAGCUGGUGUCUGGCGGCCCAGCCCUGCCCUAGUCCACAGAAGAACACACCCGGAAGCUGCCGACGCCCCCCCGUGCCUUCGUCACUUUACUACCUGCUCUAAACGUUUGUUACUGUUGUGUCCGAAAAGUGUUUAAAUUAUAGAAUCGUGAACUCCUAUUUAUACUAAAGAGACAGUUUUCACACUGCAGCCUCCCCUGCUAAAUGUUGGUGGUGGUGGUGGGGCGGCGGAAAGGUGCUUGUAGAGCUCUGCAAGAAUCGAAUCAUGAGACAACUAAAACUUCAGUAGUGA